UCCAGCUCCAGGCUCUGGGCUCCACACCAUUCACUGGUUUCCUGUUACAGGCUCGAGAGGUAGGAGGCCAGUCCCCUGUGGGCUCCUUCACCCUGACUUCAGGGGCCACUCAGCUGCUCACCUGCAGCCAGAGACCUUGGCUUCGCUUUGUAAGGCAGAAUAUCAAGGGACGUGCUGUGGUCAGCAUAGAGGAGCAGAGUGAUCAGAACUGCUUCUCCUUACCUCCAGUGAACUAUCCCGAAUUCCUCCACUCAGAGGAGCAACGGCUCAAAAACUCCUACUACUCUGGUUUGCUCAUGGAGCCACCUAGCAGGCAGAGUCCCUCCGCCACUGCAGGCUCAGCAUCCAGUUCCCACACAGAUAACAUAACCAAGGUUACAUCAGCACUGACAGAAGAGAUCCAGGACAUCUCCAGACCUCAAGAUCCAUACAGAGAAGCGGUGGAUAACGGGGCUCCCUCACGAUGCAUCAGAGACCCAUGUGCUUCCUUUGUACAGAACUUCAGGACCUUCUGGGAGAAAAUCUCCAGAGUGGACUGUGGUGUGACCAAGGUGUGUUUCAGUCAGCCUUCAGACUGUGACCCUGCAGUCAGCGCUGACUGUUACUUCAUGUCAGCCAUGAUGUUGUCUCCCAGUGAUGCAGCCGUCCGCUAUGAGCUGACAGGGCCGUCUGAUGGAUACGUCUCGUUCGGAUUCUCAGAUGAUCAGAUGAUGGGAAACGAUGACAUCUAUAUCUGUGGUGUAGGCAGUGAUGGUCUGGUGAGGUUACAGCGUGUCUUCUCUACAGGUCGAACCACUCCACAAGCUGUUCCUCUGGGGAACGUCUCCGAGCUCACAGUGUCAGCAGAGGACAGAGUGAUCAGCUGCUCCUUCACCUCCAUGAACUCCAUCUCCACUCAGAGGAGCAACGGCCUCAAAAACUCCUACUACCUCCUGUUUGCUCAUGGGCCCAGCAGCAGAGGUCAGAUCCAGUUCCACACAGCUACCUUCAUCAGCACUGACAAGGUCCACAUCUCCAGACCUCAGACCAUCAGAGAAGCUGGACGGCCUCCGAUCAUCAGAGCCCAUGGAGCUCUGAUGCUGACAGCCUGGAUGACCGCAGGGUCUCUGGGGAUGAUGGUAGCCAGGUAUCUGAGGGGCAUGGCCCAAGGACAGACGCUGUGGGGCAAAGACGUCUGGUUUUUGGUCCAUGUCGCAGUGAUGAGUGUGACUACAGCAGCCACAGUCAUCGCCUUCAUCCUCCCCUUCUCACAUGUCCAGACCUGGUCUGAAGGAGCUCAUCCAGUGUUUGGCUGCCUGGUGAUGAGCUUCUCCUUCUUCCAGCCCAUCCUGGCUCUGCUGCGCUGUGGACCUCAGCACCCACUGAGGUUCCUGUUCUACUGGUCUCAUGUUCUGAACGCUCUGGUCAUCAAAGCUUUAGCUGUGGCAGCCAUAUUUACAGGCCUGAAGUUGAUUGACAGCAGUCUGGACCAAUGGCUGAUGAAGGUGAUGGGUGGUUUUAUCAGCUGGGAGGUUUUGUUCUUCAUCCUGAUGGAAGUUCAUAUCACAGCUGAUCUCCUGCUGGUGGUGCUGUUCCUCCUGGGGAACAUCAGCUUUCUGGUGGCUCUGCUGGUGGGAAUUGGGACGUCAUGA